UAAAGAUCAGCAGAAUUGCCCCUCACGCUACCCAAUGCCACGCUUCAGGGAGGGAGAGAGAGAGGAAGGAAGAAGAUAGGGGGAAGGGAAGGGAAGGGAAAAGGGAGGCUUAUCAAUGGAGCUUAUCAUAACAGAGUGGACGGACAAGCUCUCUUUCUUUAAGACAGACACGGGCGUCCAGCAGUGUAUAUGUGUGUGUGUGUGUGUGUGUGUGUGUGUGUGUGUUAAUGGGUGGGUACUGCGUGUAUUGCUUAUGGGGCGUCGUUAAGUAUGUUUUAGUCUGUGGCUGUCUGUCUGUCUCUCUCUUUUUCUCUCCCUACCUGUCUGUCCGUCUGUCUGUGUGUCCGGAUGAGUGCCCGGCGUUCCUUCCCUUAAAGCAUAGAGCCUCCACAGCAAUUUUCGUGGAGAGGGACGUGCGGCAUCCCUCGCCUCAUUCAAACUAGUGUCACUAUCUAUUCCUCCCCCUUCGCGGAGCCACCAAUCUCAGAAACGCAUGAGCUGCCUCCUCCUCCAUCGCCUUCCCAUCUCUCGGCCCUCCUCCUGCACCGCCUUCUCCGCUCCUUCCUUCCCCUUCGUCCCCGCCUCCGGCCUCUCCCUCUGUCCGGAGCAGCGUGGGGCCCCUCAUCUCCUUUUAGAUCAUACAGUGGGUCCUUCCUUCCUCCACCCUCGAGCUACCCUCCCCUCUAUCUCCCGGCGGUGGGGUGGAGGGGGGGGGGGAUAAGGGGUGGAGGGGGGGUAUGAGGAGUGGAGGGGAGGGGGAGCAGCGUCACAACUGGCCUCAUAGUAUACUCGCGGCGUCAGUAAGUCGGGAUCCGCGGUCUUGGGCGGGCGCGCGACACGGGGCUCGUCAGGUAGAGGCAGACUCGGCCGCGUGUCGGGAGUGUUGUGUGCGAGGCGAAGCUCCGCGGCGAGGCUUAGGGCGGCGGCUUCGGUGCUGUGACUGAUAACACUUUGCUCGCCUCUGAUCCAUCGUCGACUUUGGCAAUUAGAAGUGAAAGGAAAACUAGAUGUAACGAGGCCUGUAAACUUUUAUACUAUGGCAGCCAAGUGACCCGCGUCCAUCAUAGCGGACUUUGUGGUUGUGAAUUACCUGUGACUACCUUGGAGCGUGGUCAGGACUUAGUGACAACAACAGCAGCAGCAGCAGCAGCAGCAGAGGUCCAAGGCUACAGGUUUUCGGACGCUGCUUCUGUCACCGCCUCCUCGUGUCUGGCCGGCUGGGUUCAGCAGUGACCCAACAGAAAAAAAAACAAGCUGAUCUGAGUGACAUAUCCAAUUAGUCACUGCACAAACAAUUCUGCGACGGCGACGGCGACGGCAACGCAGACGAGUGUCCCGCGCGGCGCCGAGUGACAUCGCGGCGUGGCGGGGCGGAGAGAGGGAGUGACAGUGUUAUUAGGGAGGAGUUAAGAGGAGCGUGAGGGCGGGCCAGGGCCGGCAAUGCAUCGGAAGAAGACACCCUCGUCCUCCUGAGCCGCGGCACGGAGGAGGAGGAGGACGGCAAAGAGGGGUUCCUGGGCCUCCCCGCUGCCCCCUCCCCAUCACUCUCCAUUCACGGCCACCUCCACCUUUUCCCUCUCUCCCGCUUCCUAUUGAGGCCCCAAAGGCACAGUGCCCACCAUGGCACCGCCCGGGCACCUCACCACCAAGCUGGCCAUCCUGCUGGUGCUGCUGGCCGCGUCCCUGCCUGGGUCGGCGGGCAUCAGAAUCGUGGAGAUGCAGGUGCCGCGCGUGGUCCAGGUAGGCAAGACGGUGCACCUGGCCUGUCGCUUUGACCUGGAGGGCGCGAACCUGUACUCCCUCAACUGGUGGCGGGGCUCGGAGCAGUUCUACCAAUUCAGCCCCUCCAGCCCCGAGCCCGUCAUCGUGUACGACUCCCCCGGCAUUACUGUGGACCGGGGGAUGUCCGGCGAGGAGGUGGUGGUGCUGCUGAACGUGUCCCACGCCUCGGCGGGCCGCUACAAGUGUGAGGUGCUGGCCGACUACCCGAGCUUCGAGAAACACGCCGAGAUCACCCACAUGCAGGUCAUAGAUGUGCCGUCGGGCCCCCCAAGGCUGGAUGUGAGCAGACUCCAGUGGUCCCCCGGCGAGGUGCUGCGGGCCAACUGUACCUUCCCCGGCGGGCGCACUCCCUCCGAGCUGCACUGGUACAUCAACGGCAAGAAGAUCUCGCCCCAGAGCUCCCGCUUCGUCCACCCCGAGAUCAAGCCGACGGGACGCGGCCUCAACCAUGGCAUGAGUGUGGGCCUGGCCGAGGAGCCGAGCGAGGUGGUGAGCCGCACCUCGCAGCUGACGGUGACGCUGCGGGCCACGCACUUCACGGCGGGGGGCCAGGCCACGCUCACCUGCGAGGCCACGGUGCCGGGCGUCUACCGCAGGACGGUUCAGGUGCACCUCUCCCUGCCCGGGUACAAGACGGCCGCCCCCUCGCUGAAGCUGUACGGGACGGGGAGCGGCGUGCGGGGGGCGGCGACCCUGGUGGUGGCUACAUGUCUGGCGGUGAUGCUGCUCUUGUAGGAGACACCAUCACCGACACCAGCACCAGCACCACUAAUACUACCACCACCACUACUAACACCACCGCUACCAGCACCGCUUCUAGUGUUGUGGUUGAGUGCGUAGCAAAGAAGUGAAGAAAGAAUACGAGUACCAGUAUGGCCAUGCGGAAGAAGACACCAUUACCACCAACAACACCAACAACAACAACAACACCCCCACCACCACUACAAACCUGAACACUUUCUCCUAGCGUCGUGGUUAUCUGUGUGUUGCAAGGAAGUUAAGUGAUGAAACAAUACCAAGUACCAUCAGGCCAAACUUGUAGGACACACUACCACUAACACCACCAUCACCCCUACCACCACUACCAAUAACUUAAACAUUAUCUCCCAGCGUCGUGGUAUAGUGUGUGUGGUGUGGAAGUUAAGUGAGAAAACAAUACCAAGUACCAUCAGGCCAAACUUGUAGGACACACCACCACUAACACCACCAUCACCCCUACCACACCACCAGUAACACAAACAUUAUCUCCCAACGCUGUGGUGUAGUGUGUGUUGCAAGGAAGUUAAGUGAGAAAACAAUACCAAGUACCAUCAGGCCAAACUUGUAGGACACACCACCACUAACACCACCAUCACCCCUACCACACCACCAGUAACACAAACAUUAUCUCCCAACGCUGUGGUGUAGUGUGUGUGGAAGUUAAGUGAAAAAUACAAUACGACUACCAUCAGGCCAAACUUGUAGGAAUAAACAAACAUAAAUGCAUCAGCAACUUAACAUGUAAUUUACACUCCACUAAAUAUCAAUAACAAUAACAAAUGAAUAAUAACAAUAAUAAUAGUAAUAACCUAAAUAAUUGCAUCAUUCGUGUUGUUACUGUCUCGCAUUUAUCCAUCUCAAUACAAACAAACAAAAACAAGCAUAAAAACAAUCACCACUACCACCUCCACUACCACCACCCUCACAAUCCCUACUAUCAUGAGCUACCCUUCUCCCAGCGCCGUGGUGUAGCGUGUGAGUGGCAAGGGAGUGAUGAGAGAUUGCCCUGGCGAUGGCUACGUGUCCGGUGGUGACCCUGGUGGUGAUGAUGGUCUUGUAGAACACACCACCACUAUGAACACCACAGCACCAACACGAGUAUUUCAAGCGCCGUGGUUGUGGGUGUAACAAGAAAAGGAAGAGAAAAAAGUGAUACCCAUUUUGCAGAACUCUCCCACUACCACCAUCACGAACACCAACAUCACUAGAACGUAUCCUAUCGCCGUGGUUGUGUGUGUGACAGUGGAGGGAAGAGAUAAUACACGUUCCUUAGGCUCAGCUAGGCAAGGCAGGAUAAGUCAAGGGCAGCGAGGCACCAGCUGACGCACAGGGCACCCUCCUACAGGCAACUCGCAGGGAUGAAUCGUAUACGUAACACUCACCGAUCUGCACGCACCUCACCAAAUAGUACUCACGAACACGAAGUACCAGCACAAGUAUCGGAAGGGUUGAGUUGUCGCAAAGGACACAAUACAAGCAAAUACAGGGAAAGGGGAAACGAACGUGGUGUUGGGAAAAGAUCGACUCAAGAUCAGACGCAGCCCAGGAAGCCAACGACGCCCCCCCCCCUCCCCCCAGAGACAGGGCACGGCCGGUCAAAUAAGCUUCCUCGGCGUGUGUGCCACUCGGCGCGUCACCCUCCCACAGCUCACAGGGAGGAGUGAAGGAAGCGUCUCGAUGGAGGUUUAUACAUGUAAAAAAAACACGUAAUUUUAUGUAUAUUGCUAACAGUGUGUACGUACUUGUUCUGUAUAUACAUACCAUACGAAUUGACUUCAGGGUCCUAGGACGUAAGUAUGACAAGUAUGUAUGUAUGUAUAGAUGGAUGGAUGGGGCAUGGAUGGAUGGAUGGAUGCAUCAACGGGUGGGCAAAGGGAUGAAUGUCUGGAGAGUCGAGUAGUCUGAAGAUAAGAACAAUACGAACAGAUGCCUGGAAGGGAGACUCGAACGUGGUGUUGGAAAAAUAUUGCCAAGGCCAGCAGCGACUAACAACCACACGCCAGUCACCACCACCACCACCACCAGAGGGCAGGGCUUGGAGAGCUGGAUAAAGGAAGGAAUGCAUGGCGUACGUCUGAUGUAUGGUGUGCGUGCGAAUGUGUGUUUCCUAGCGGCGUAGUUUGUAUUUCUGUACUGGUCAGGAUUAAUGUACCGUAUAAUACUCUAGAGGUGUGUCCGUCACCGUCACCCUGCUCACUGUGACCCACCUCCGUGUACAGAGGAACCGUUGGGCGGCGGACCACAAGGCCGUGCCAGGACCCAGGUCUGGAUGGACCUUGGACUCUAUAUAACGCAGGUGUGCGUCCCAGAGAGGGACUUAAUGAAACACUGCGAGGAACACGUCUGCACGGGGCUGUAAGAGUGUCAGGAAGUGUUGCUUUCUGGCCAGAUGGGCAAACAUUAGGGGCUUUGACUCUCAUGAAGGCCCGUUUGUUAGGCAUGCAGCAGGCAAUACAUGAAACACUAGGAGGAGCACGACACUCAGCGGUCAUAUGAGUGUCAGUCGCUUAGCAGACGCGUAUAUGCAUAGAUAUUGGAUACGUGAGCAGGCGAGGCUCAGAGCGCUGUGUGCCACCGCCACCCCGUCGGGGAGUGAGGUAAACCCCAAAAAGACCCCCUUAACGUCUCCCCACCUCCCCGGCCGUGCGGCGUUCACUGUUCACGCCGAAGUGUGUUGGCAGUGGACUAGAUAACGAAGUUUUCCUCACAUUUCGCCAACAUUCGGCGGCACGAGGAGCGUCCCAAGUCAGGAAAUUGCAGCUGUUAGUGUGUGGGGAGGCGCGGCGGGCGGCAGCGGCGGCGAGGCCCGGCCACUCCUGCCUGGCUCACGCCGCGGUGCACACGCCGCCACACACACAACCGCGUGGAGUCCUCCGCGCCUCACGGCACUCACAGGAAUGGCAAUACAAGGGACCGCCGCCACCGAUUACUGAGCAUGAUAUUUUUAUAUUUAUUUAUUUAUUUAUUUAUUUAUUUAUUUAUUUUUAUUAUUAUUAUUAUUAUUUUUUUUUUUUUUUUUUUUUUUUGUCCAUGGAGCCUUUCACGGGACCGAGAACAAAAACAGACUUUUCAAGUGAUUUCGGCUGGACUUGAAGGAUUUUUGUUCCCGGCGUGGCGUGAGCAGGACCCGCACCAACGGGCGGCGGUGACGUCACGAGACCGAGCACCUGAGGUGGACGUGUGAUGCUGCGGCGCCGCGACAGGUGAGGGGGGCAGGGCGCCAGUCGGGGCUGCUGCUGGACGGCGGCCGUGCGCCUCGACUUUAAUUAAAUAAUGAAGAAAAAUAACUGGUCAGCGUCAGCCAAAACGCAGGAGAAUGGUGGAGUGACAGGGAGACGCGGCGCCCGGCGGGGCAGGAAAGGAGGCCCCGCCGCGGCCGCCGACACGCAGCAGCCCCGCCCGCCGCCCGGCAGCCCAUUUUAUCACCUUCAAUUAAAGUGUCUUCCUGUACAGUUCUAUUUUGAGCCAAACUCCGGCGGCAACACAAGGCGGGGCGGCCACCGCCGACCCGACGCUCGCGGCAACGAGUUGGUAGAAGGAGCGAUUUUUUUUUAAUCAUAGUUAUUCUAUAUACAGUAAUUAUAUGAGUAUAUACCUGAUGACACACACACACACACACACACACACACACACACACACACACACACACACACACACACACACACACACACACACACACACACACACACACACACACACACACACACACACACACACACACACACAGACAGAUAGACACACACACACACACACACACACACACACACACACACACACACACACACACACACACACACACACACACACACACACACACACACACACACAUACUUACACACAACACCUCACAACUGAGGUAGCUUUAAAAACGAACACAACAAAAUAAUGUUCGAGAGUAAAGAAAGUUGUCACCGCUGUCAAAAAAAAAAAAUAUUACUGAUAUGUAACGUUGGUAAAAGUAUUUCUUGUAAAUAAAACAAAUAAAAAAAUAAA